GUGACUGUGGCACUGACAAGCGUGCAGCGCAGUAAGUUUGUGCUGCAACUCACUCCUGCAGCGCGCGAGCCGAGGAAGAUGAUGAUGAUGAUGGUAUGUGGGCUGUGACUGUGAGUAACGCAAACAGAGCGGAUUCAGAUCUUACUACACAGUGAGUACCUGCUGGUGGCAGAUCUGAGUGCUUGAGCUCUGGGUGUGACGGUUGGUUGUCUUUUGUCCUGCACCUGCUUCCUCUCAGAUGAACUGGAAUAUCUUCUCUGGAAUUGCAUUUAAUUGAAAAGUUACACGUGCUCAUGCUCACUAGUGGUGCACCUGUCUUAACGCAUCUUUAACUCAUGUGUUCAUGUGAUUAUUGGUGCUCAUCUAAUGUCACACAGUGAGCGAGCGCGCUCCAGAUGCACGCGCUGUUUGAUCGGAAUUGGAAAGGGCUGGGAAUCGAUCUGACUCCGGUCUCGUUGCCCCGCGUUGGCGUGAGGAUGUUCAGCUGUGUAGGGUGUUUUUGGGUGCUCCUGUCCUCCGCCCUGGUCGCGGUUUGCAGUUUUAGUUUCAUCUCUCCCGCGUGGAUAGUGAAGGAGCAGCUGAAAAACAAGGACUCCGUGAGUUUCGGGCUCCUGUGGCACUGCUCCGAGUCUCAGGAUCAUAUGUACAGAUGUUACACCUUUGGCGGACUGGGCAAAUUUCAAGAGAUUCCAUCAAGCUCUUGGCAGACGAGUGCGGUGCUGUGUUCAGGUGGAUGUGCUCUGCUGGCAGUCAGCUCCCUGCUGGCCAUCAUCACCAUCUUCCUGCCCAGUGGAGCCUGUGAGAGGAGGAUCUGCACAUUGGCAGGAUACAUGCAGAUGGCUUCAGUGGUCAUCAUGGCAUCUGGUUUACUGGUGUACCCCUUCGGUCUCAGCUCCAGCCUGGUCAAAUCUUUCUGCGGAGACUCUGACAUCUACUACGCCGGGGAGUGUCAGAUAGGAUGGGGCUACAUGCUGGCUAUCGUAGGUGUCAUGCUCACCCUCUUCCUGCCCUUUUUCGCUAAGUACGCCCCCAAGGAACAGCUGUCACCCACCCCAUUGCCCACUCUUUUAUAGAGCACCACCAACAAUAUUCAACCCGCUCAGACAUCAUAACUAUAAAGUGAUCAAUUUGAAGUCAGACUGACAUCUCGGCAUCGUUUGCCAUGGUCUGUAAUGAUGUCAUGAAGAUAAUGUUGCUCUGGAGCAGAACUCAAAACCCUUCAUUUCCUCUAUUCUCAUUGGGCUUUUAGUUUUUUUUUCAUCACAGUCAACCUGGCAGGUGAAAAAUUCAUUUGAAAAGGAUUAUAUGGAUGUUGGUCGUUCUUUCCCUUCUUCCUAAUUUAUUUUCAAGCUUUGUUCUUGAUUGAAAGACCUCUAAGGACUAACUACUGAAAAUAACGGACAAUGGACCAUGGUGCAAAUUAGUAUUUUUUUAAACAUUUUGUUUGCAAGGAUCAAAACCAAAAAUAGCUAAUUAAAUGAAAAUUGAGUAACAAUUUCCAGUCAUAUUUUACUGAGACUUAUCAGCAUGCAAUGAAAGGAUAACAAAAGAAAUGGACUUCCUUUAAUGGAUCCAACAGGUUUAAAAGAACAGUUUCAUCAAGUUCAUCUGAACUCAAACUCAGUAAAUCUGACAGUCGGAAAGUUUCACUUUAGACCGUUUUAUCACCUGAUUUAUCACCUAUUCAAGGACCAACACUGGCUUAGGUAAACUG